AUGAGGAACUCCAUGGAAGCACCUGAUGGUCGUCACAUCGAUAUUGGUUCGAAUACGAAUCUGCAUGUAUUCGCCAGCUCUACUGAGUCGGCUUUCUUUAGUGCAGCCGUGACCUUUGGGGCCGUGAUAGGUUCUCUCGUUGGGGGUCCAACUACCGAACUUCUAGGACGUAGAAUGGCCUUCCUACUAGCGGCCCCUACCAGUGCAUGUGGGUAUGUAAUCGUUGGAGUUGGUAAAGCUCCGUGGCUAUUGGUCUUAGGGAGGGCCCUCGAGGGUAUCUCUAUAGGUAUAUGCUCAUUUAAUGGUGCUGUGUACAUUCAAGAGAUGUCGCCAAGUGAUCUGAGAGGUGCCUUUGGAUCCUGUACUCAGCUUGUAACAAUUGUUGGUAUGAUCGUCAUAUACGGUCUUGGGAUGGCUCUACGAACACAGGCGAAUUCCUUAGAUCCGCUAGCAACCCCUACAACAUUCUCGAAUUGGAGGGUUCUAUCCUUCAUUUGUGUAAUCCCUUCCGGACUACUCUUCAUCAUCAUGCUCUUUGCGAAAGAGACUCCGCGAUGGCUGGCAACAAAGGGGAGAUUGAAUGAGGCUAAGGCAACUCUCGAGCUCAUUAGAGGUGUUCCCAUCACCGACCAACGCAUCGCUGAGGAGGUUAAAGCUCUCGAAUUGGCGUCGAUGAAAACUGGACAACGAACUGCCUCAUUAGUUGAACGGAUAAGGGUUUUGUCAUCUU